AUGGCGCUUCAGCCGAAUCAGCAGGUUCGCGUUGCCUACGAUUUUCAGGGAGAAGCCGCAAAUGAAGAGUUGACCGUCAGAGAAGGCGACAUUUUGAAAGUUCUCUUCACAGAUGUGGGCGAAGGGUGGAUUCAGUGUGAAAACGCCAAUGGCCAGUCCGGUUUGGUACCUGAAGCAUACGUCGAGAAAGUAGAAGCGUCCAUGCCGUCCCCUCAAGUGCAGAGCGCAGACAGUGGUUGGGGAAUGGACGCUUUCGGAAUCUCCGCACAGCCUGCAGCGCAGCCAUCAAAUAAUUUCGGCAGCGACCCAUUCGGCAAUGAUCCGUUCGGCUUCGGAACAGCCAAGCCGGCUGCUCAGCCAGUCUCUACAUCACAAAAUGAUCCCUUCGAGAGCAAAAAUGAUCCAUUCGCCCCAACUCCAUCUCGAACAGAUGUUUCUUCGUAUAAUUCAGGCUUCGAAUCGGAAAAGACUAUGAGUGGAAUGACAGACCAGUUCCAGGACGCCACGCUUUCGUCCUCAAAGAAAAGUGGGAUCUUCGGCGGAAAGAACAAGUUCACGGAUCCAUUUUUCAUCGGACCAUCGCCCGGUCCAUCCCACGACGACUCCAUCGCAUCCGUCGAUUCAGAAGGCGAAAUAGUAAGAUGGAGAGGCAAUAAUGAAUCUUUCUCGGUAUCUGUUGGGAAUCCCGAGAAAAGUUCGAAACUGGGAGGAAUGAAAACCUUCAUCCAGUACCAAAUAACGCCAACGAAUACCGGCCGCGGCGUUUUGCGCCGAUACAAGCACUUCGACUGGCUGCAUGAGCAGCUCACGAGAAAAUACGCGGCCGUCGCGAUUAUUCCACCACUGCCUGGGAAACAAGCGACGGGAAGAUUUGAUGAUGACUUCGUCACUGAUAGAAUGAGUCGGCUUCAGUGCUGGUCUGUCAGAAUGUGCAGACACCCGCUGAUGUCAUCUGCGUCUGUUUUUCAACAUUUCCUGACCUCAUCAGAUGACGAAAAGAUUUGGAAAAAUGGAAAAAGACAAGCAGAGAAGGACGCUGUUGUUGGCGAAAUUUUCUCUUUGCAACUCAAAGUUCCGGAAGAACCAAUCGAACAUAUGAAACAUCAGGUCUGGCUCGCAGAAAGAACGAAACACAAUAAAUUAAUGGGCGAAGUUGUAAAUCAAAUGUACUCUUCUUCCGCAAGUCUUCAGCAUAAAAUGAGUACGUCUUGCAAGAAAGAUUAUGAAAAGCUAAGCCAAACGGCAGCCGCAUUGGCAGAUGCCACCCAGUUCGACAGAUCAGAAGGAAAUCAAAAGCUGCUGAAAGCUCUCCAGGCCUUUUCUGGAGAAAUGAAAGUCGUUGGAGAAACCGUCUGUUCGCCAGAUAAUUGGAUUCCUCUGAGCGAAGGACUUCUUGAGUACAGAGGAUUGCUGCAUGCUAUGCCACAGCUGCUUAGUACAAACACCUCCGUGAUGGGCCGUCUCGACGAAAUGAGAAAAGCGCAGAUUUCACAAAAGGUUUCGAGCGAGCAGUUAAACGAAGCAAAAAGACGAACCGACAAUCUAUCAUAUGCUGUGAAGGCAGAAAUCCAGUAUUUCGACGACGAGAGGGUGAAGGACACAACUUCGCUGAUAGCAAAUUUCCUCAAGCUCCAGAUCGCAGCGCACCAGAAAGCGGUCGCCUCUCUUCAGGGCGCCCUUCAGUCUAUGGUUGACAUAUUCGGCCGUGAUGUCGGAGAUGAUCUAGCUAGGGAAAUGAACUCAAAUGGCGAUAAGUCGGAUGAAAAGUGCGCCGUCAAAGUUUACUGUCGAUUUCGUCCUCUAAAUCCUUCGGAGGAAGAAAGAAGAGAUGAAUUUCUACCUUCAUUCCAGUCAAAUUCUUCCGUUUCCUUUGCUGGAAAGACGUAUACUUUCGAUCAUGUGUUCGAUCCAGAGGUUGAACAGUCUGUUGUGUACGAGUCCGUCGCGUCCAAGCUCGUCGAUGAUGUUAUUAAAGGACAGAAUGGUACUGUGUUUGCCUACGGACAAACAGCCUCUGGAAAGACUUACACAAUGGAAGGGAGUGAUGUUUUCCAGUCGUCUAAGAGCGGUAUCAUCCCGCGAGUGGCUCGAGGGCUCUUUCAGAAAAUCUAUGAACAGCCGGAGCAUCUUGAAUUCAUCAUCAAAAUAUCUUACGUUGAAAUCUACUUGGAUAAAAUAAGAGAUCUCCUCGACCCGAGUAGGGUUAAUCUCCCCGUUCACGAAGACAGAGAGGGAACCUCUUUUGUCAAAGGGGCUACUGAGAGAUUCGUGGCAAGCCCAGAAGAAGUCAUGAGGAUUAUUGAAGAGGGAAAAAGCAAUCGACAAGUUUCAGUGACAAAUAUGAAUGAGCACUCGUCAAGAAGUCACUCACUCUUCUGCGUGCAAGUCAAGCAAACUUCGACAUUUGGGGGAACAACUCUAAAUGGAAAGCUGUAUCUCGUAGAUUUAGCUGGAAGCGAAAAAGUUGCAAAAACGGGUGCAGAGGGACAAACACUCGAAGAAGCCAAGCAAAUAAACCUCUCUCUGUCGUCCCUGGGAAACGUCAUCUGUGCUCUUGCAGACGGAAGAAAGUCACACAUUCCAUAUCGCGAUUCUAAAAUGACACGCAUCUUGAAAGACUCGCUCGGUGGCAAUUGUCGCACUUCGAUUAUCAUUUGUUGCUCGCCGGCCGAGUUUAAUAAGGAUGAAACGCGAUCGACACUGAUGUUCGGUGUGCGCGCCAAAACAAUCGAAAAUUCCGUCCAAACCAAUAUUGAACUCACUGCUGAGCAGUGGAGAGUCAAAUACGAAAAGCAGACCAAGAAACUUGAGAAGCUACAAAGAAUGAUCGAUGGGGGCUCCGAAAUCGAAGAAAGACCAGAUCCAGAAGGCGCCAACGACACAAUCAGUGUUAAUGAAAUAGAUCUGCACUACGAACGAAUCUCCGAAUUAGAGAAGAAAAUCAUGAUCUUGUCAGAGGAGAAGCGGUCAGAAGAACAAGCCAAACAAAAAGCCUUGCAAGAAGUUCAGGACGUCAUGCGGGCAUUAGAAGAAGUGGCGUUAUCUUACGACCAAAAGGCAGAACAAGCUUCAAAAACGGAACAGCUCCAGUUGCAGUUGGAAGAGGCGCAACUCAGAUCCGAAAAGCUUUCGAAUGAGCUACAAACACGGCGUGACGACUUAGAUGUAUUUCAACAGCAGGUUUACUCAUUGGCGGCAGACAUCGGUGACGAGCUUCUCGAAUCCGGAGACAGCGAGAUGGCGGACAAGCGAGUACUCGAAGAAGUUUUCACGCAUCUAAGGCUGCAAUUUCUGCAGCAGCGUUCCAGAAUCAAUGAAUACGAGAACUUUGAUCAAUACCGUCUUGAGACUGAUCGUCACAUUCGAGCAUCGAUCGACUUGAGAGGCGUUGAGGAACAAGUCACUAAAGAACUAAAUCAAUUGCGUGGUCUGAGACGGAGUUUUCUUCACGACAUCUCGAAAAAGCUAGUCUCCGCGAAAUCGAGCGAUUUGACGGACGUGAUCAGCGGAGCGCAUCCGCAAAAAAUAAAGUUCUUGGAAGCGAAUUUGGAGCAGUUGACAUCUGCCCACAAGGCUCUAGUUAGAGAGAACUAUGAAUUAAAAUCGCAAACACCCCGCCUCGAAGCACGCCUUAACGCCACCCUCAACCGUUGCAAAAAAUUGGAACAGACACUCAAGCAACAAAAAGAACAGAUAAGCAAGCUUCAGUCAUCCAUGAUCAUCUCAAGCAAACCAAGAGUCGUCAAGCCAAUCUGCGGUGGGAAUAAAUGUCAUUAA